CAGACAAAAAAUAGCAGAGGUCGCAGAACUAACUCGCAGAAAAAGGAGAGAUUCUGAUUCCGAGCUGAGAAAGCAAAUUGUCUCGCACAGAUCCGUCCACCCAAGGUAAGAUGCGCGGCCGCGGCGGUGGCGGCAGAAGUGGCGGAAGGGGCGGCGCAGGGAACUACACGAAUCCAUGCUUGACUAUGCACCAGCCUUGGGCUUCUCUCCUUGUCUACGGAAUCAAACGCAUCGAAGGCCGAUCGUGGCCGGCUCCCCUUCGCGGUAACUAAAUUCAAAUUCCUUCAGCUUCGUCGAUUCCCAGACAUAAAAAAAGGUCCCAAUAUUUUGCUCUUAUGAGUUUAGCACCGGAGCGGCGAGUGGCAUCUAUCUAUUCCAGUUUGCGUUAAAAGAAUGGAAUUUUACUAGCUGGAAAACUUUGGCCGUCUGUGGAUUCAUGCUGCCAGUAAAGUUCCCGAGCAAGAUACAAUCAAAGCAAUGGAAGAGUUCUACAAGGAAAUCUAUGCACUGAAUGGCGUUACUGACAUCAAGUUUCCAGAACAUUACCCUGUUUCCAGACUCUUAGGGUGCGUUGAGGUAGUUGGGUGUCUAAAACUGGACGAGCUGGCAAGCUGGGAGGCCAUACCAGAAGGGGUGAGGGUAGAAGGACAAACUGAUUUUUGCUGGCUUUGUGAACAACCACAGAAAUUGCUUAUUCCAUUCGAGAUGAGAGGUUUUCAAGGUGUUUAUAACCUGGAAAGGAAGAUAUAUGAGUCUGCAGCUAGAGGCCUUGUCCCUGUGGAAGGUCCACUGCCUGUAAAAUUUCCCCUUCCAAAUCCAAGGGAUCCUUAUUCGUUGAGUCCUGGUUCUGUUAGCUCUCAGUCCACAGCAGGACACACAACUGAAGUCGAGAAGUCAUCAAGUCUUGUUGUGGCCAUUGCUUCCGCACGUGCAGCUGCUACACAGUUCAACAAGAAAGACCAAAAUCAUGCAAUAACUACCGUUGAAAGCUCCGCUUCCACUAAGCAGUAUGAAUUGAGAAGCAAGUCUUCUGAACAGAGAAAGCUUUCACCAGUUAGCUUGCCUCAUAGUUGUGAUGGGGAACCUUCUACGUCAAAUGAGUCGAAACCUAACAAUGACUGCAUGUCUGAGCAGAGUAGCAGACAUAAUAGGGUCACUGCAGGUUCGGAACAGCUCCCCAGAGCUUCCCCAAAGCUUUUCGCAGCAGCAGUACGAGGGUUGAAGCCAUCAUGACUGCAGUACCCUGAAAAUAGAACAUGACAUUAGGAAGUCUUGGUGUAGGGGCCUGUUUUACUAAGGUUCUGCCAUGACCCAGAAGUCAGAUUUGCCUUAGCUGAUUGAAAGAUCACAAAGCUGUGUAGAAAAGAGAGCAAAUAACCGGAAGCCUUGUUUUAGACCCGUUGCAGGAUUGUGUUAUGGCCCAUAAAUACAAGAACAAUUUGUACAGCUAGUGAAUUCAGGAGACAUCUUCGUUUCUUAACCCAG